UUGGCUCGAACUUCGUGUGACUUGAACUUCGUGUUGGGAAUGUCAAAAUGUCAUAGUGGCUGUCAGUGAUAUAUUGACUUACUUGUCUUACUUGGUUAUAUUGACAAUUUUAUUUAUUAUAUUAUUUUUAUUUUUUAUUUUACUUAUAGCGCGCAUAGCGCGCGCCUGUGUGCUAGUAUAUAAAAAAGUGCAAAAUGGAAAGAUUUGUUUUAGACAAAAAUUGUAGGUUUUAAAGAAACCAUAUGGUAAUGCUAAUAGUUUGGCCUUGCAGUGAAUGUCAAGGUGAAAUAAUGAAAUAAUCACCUUCAUAUUUUUUAAUGGGACCCUACCUUUUCAAUACUUCCGUUUGUAAUCCUCCUCAUGACGAAUUCAAUGACAACAUACUCAAUAUCAUUCUGAAAGAAAUGUUCCAUAACAUACUUUGUUCUAUCGAGAUGUGAAACAAUUUUAAGUAAAUGGAAAUGUUCAUGUAGAAAAAAGAAACUGGCCAGAAACUGUCACAGAUGAAAAUAAUGAAAUUUUCGUAGGAGUAUCAGCUCAUAAUCCACAAACAAGUCAAUUGUCAUCAUUUCUGGCAUUUCAUAAAAUAGAUUAAACUAAAUUGCGCUAAUGACUAAAACCCAAAUAUAUAAAGCUUUUUUGAAACCAAUUAAUACAUAUAAUUAAUCAAGAUGAUUUAUCUUGUCAAACUAUUUUUCUUGAUUUUGUUCUAUAGUAAGAUAUAUUACAUUUGCACCUUAAAUCAUGCAUCAAGCAUAAGAAUAACUCCGACUAAAAGUUCAUAGUUGUAUAUAUUUUACCAGUAAUAACUCCAAACGUGAAACAUAUGUGGAUAAAGCUGAUGAAAUGCUGCUCCGCACGAAGUAUAUGUUCAUUCAACGAGUGCUCGCUAUGGAAUAAGAAAAGGAAAACUAAAGGGCAGAAAAAAGAAGAACUGCGCUUGCGCGUAUUUAGACCUCUGGCAUUAUUUUACGAUUAUUUUACUGUGGGGAAAUAAAUAUACGUUGAAUUGUUUCUUCCCUCCGUGUAAUAAUUACUUAAUCGUUGAACACUUUUUUCGAGGGAGGAAGCGUUACAUUGUCAUCAAACAGCUGUUAUACUCGCACGGUGGUAUCGUACACCACCUCGCACUACGUUUAUGCUAAAUUAAAUAAUUUACCUACAAAGUGAUAUGGUGAGGGAACAGUUUUACAACACUCUAAUGAUGGAAGAAAGGGAUAGACGGAGUGGUGUAGGUAAUUCCGCAGUCAAGUGCGAAGUUUCGACGAUCGCGAAACAUGAUCUGUAUUACAAAGCAGUACUUCAAUUGGAAUCGGGUACUUCUGCUCCCUAUGGGCUUGUGGCCUGACGAGGAAACAAAAUUUACUCGUUUUCGGGCAAGUUUAUUUUAUUGUCUUCUGAUGAGCAACAUUGCAUUUCAGCUGUCACGACUCUUCUUUGCAGAAUUUAGCUUUGAUUUUGUUAUCAAAAUACUUUCUUUCUCGGCAGCUUUUUGCACGCUCGCGAUUUUCUUCAUGUCUUUUUGGAUUAAUAUGGAAACUAUGAAAUAUUUAUUGCAUCAAUUGCAACACAUCUACGAUGGGCUAAAGAAUCAAAACGAAAUUGCUAUCUAUGAAAAAUAUGGAUACAUCGGAAAAUGUAUUUCGGCCAGACUGACAAGUAAGAAUAAGAUUCAGCGUUUAUUAUCAGAAUAUUUAAAAAUAAGUCACAAAAAGUUGGACAAAAUUGGAAAAUCGAAUACUAACUGUCUUCUAUGUUUGACUUCUAUGUUUACAGUAUGUACUAUAUGCGGUCUAUUUUUUAAUUUUAUCAUAAUAUAUUCGCCAUUCAUUCUUGACGUCGUCAUACCGAAAAAUGAAUCUUACGCGAUUUUCAUAAUGAAAAUGGUGACCAAACACUUCGUUGUAUCAGAAAAAUAUUAUUUUUUAAUUAUUGUGCAUGUGAACGCAGCCUUUUCUGUAGGAAUGAUCGUAUUAACAGGGACGGGAACAAUGAUGAUAUCGUACUUCAAGUAUGCUUGUGGAAUGUUUGAGAUUACUAGCUACCGAAUUGAGCAAGCAAUGGCGAUCGAAUUGUUACGUAACACUGACAUAAAGAAAGAAAUUGUGAUUUACAGAGGGAUAAUCUGUGCCGUAGACAUACAUCGCACAGCCAUGGAGUUCGCCAAAUGUUUUAUAACUAAAACUGAAGUACUAUUUUUCUUGUUAGUUAUAGCUGGUGUGCUUUGCUUGAGUUGCAACCUUUUUCGUUUAUGUAAAAUUGAGUCUCCUAUGGAGGAAGUGGAACAAGUUUUAUUACACUUUAUCGCUGUAAUACUCAUACUCGCGGGUACAUUCCUAGCCAAUUAUGUUGGACAAGAACUUAUGGAUUACAAUAAUCACGUAUACGUAACCACAUACAAUGUUUCAUGGUACUUAGCACCUGUGGACAUACAAAAAUUGAUACUGUUUUUAAUACAAAGAAGCAGUCGAAUUUUCUGCCUGACUGUUGGUGGAUUAUUUACAGCAUCUUUAGAAUGUUUCGCUACAGUAAAGCUAUUUCAUUUAUUUAUACAUAUUGUUGAAGGAAGCAGGUUAUUGGAUUGCGCACAAUAGGGAAAGAUUCGAGAUAAUUUCUUUACUAUAUAUCUGCUUAACUUCUCACGAGCUAAGUAAUCGACUAUGCUGAAUGCGCAUAAGAGUAAUAAUAUGACCACAGGAGCGGGUUCACGCAGCACGAGGAAGAAGGAGAUGAUAGGCAUUCAUAGAAAUACCGCACAUGGCAAUCUUGUUCUAAUAAAUUGUUAUAUUGAAUGAAAGCAUGCAAAACUUGCUCCAACAACAAUAUUAUAUAAAUAUAUUACACGUAUUAUGAAGACAUUUUUUAGUUAAGAGUCAUCUCAUUGAUGUGUUAUUUGUAAAUUAACACAUUUACAAUAGGAUAUGAUUAUAUAUUGGAAGAGUAAAAAUGUUCGAUUUUUGCAUGAAAGUUUACUAUAUUAUUCAUUAGGAACAUCAACCAAAUAUGUUAUUCAUUCAUUAACCAAGUAAUUGUUGCCUGCAAUAUAGAUAAUAUCAGCAUUGUUGCCCAUAUUACAUGUAAAUUGAUUUGAAAAAUUGAAAAUUCAUCUGAACAUUUUAACUGGCCCAAUACAUCACAUGUGUAAUAUCGUAUAUCUUGUUCAAGUAACACAAACAGGAACUUUACUUGUUUACAGCUGGUGAGUGCGUCAGUAUCUUACUUCACCUUCAUGUACUCCAUACAGCAAUAAUUAAAACAAUAAAAAUCGAGUAGAAAUCUUGCGUGAUAGCUUAAUAGAAUAGAGCAAGUAGAUAUAAAGCACGCAACAUUCAGCCUUCUUUUUUUAUGUUUAGAAUGUUGAUUAUGAUGUUAUUACAUAUGUAGGAUGUGGCAUUUAAUUUGAGACGCUUAAAUAUAUUAAAAAAUGCAAAC